GUCGUGUCGGGACAGGUCGUUCAAUCACGCGGAUUCGUGCUUGGUAGUUUGAAAUCCUCAAAUCCACGAUACUGACACGUGCGACUCUAACCCCGCCACGUGCGACUCCAACCCCAGCACGUGCGUUCAAUCCCUCUUAAAUCCCUCGGCAAUUUUUUCUUCACUCACAUUGCUCCUCACGGCACGACUUGUUCACCGACCAGAGCUGAUUUUCGCGGCGGUUACCACUCACCGGAGAUUCUAUCCAAAAUCGUUUUCCGAUGACGAUAAAAACUGUUAAAGUCAGUAACGUUUCCUUGGGAGCAACUGAACAAGACAUUAAGGAGUUCUUUUCAUUUUCUGGUGAUAUUGAAUAUGUUGAACUACAGAGCCAUGAUGAACGAUCUCAAAUUGCUUUUAUUACCUUCAAGGAUUCACAGGGAGCUGAGACUGCAGUACUGCUUUCGGGAGCAACAAUAGUCGAUAUGCCAGUUACAAUAUCUCUGGAUCCAGAUUACCAGCUUCCACCUGCUGCCUUAGCAUCACCUGUAAGAGAAACUCGAACUCCUGGUGGCGGUGCUGACUCUGCUUUCCGGAAGGCAGAGGAUGUGGUCUCCGGCAUGCUAGCCAAGGGCUUUAUCUUAGGGAAAGAUGCUGUCAACAAAGCAAAGACCUUUGACGAGAAGCACCAGUUAUCCUCCACAGCCUCAGCAAAAGUUGCGUCUUUCGAUCAGAAAAUUGGGCUUAGCGAGAAAAUAAGUGCUGGUGCUACAGUAGUGGGUGAUAGAGUUCGAGAAGUGGACCAAAAGUUUCAGGUUUCAGAGAAGACCAAAUCAGCAUUUGCAGCUGCAGAACAGACAGUGAGUAAUGCUGGUUCUGCCAUAAUGAAGAAUCGCUAUGUGCUUACCGGGGCAUCCUGGGUAACAGGUGCUUUUAGUAAGGUUUCUAAGGCGGCUGGUGAAGUAGGACAGAAGACGAAAGAGAAAGUGGAGAGUGCAGAAGAACAACAGAAACGAAAAGUGGAAGAUCAAUAUGCACAAGUCCUUUCUGAGUCCCCAAAAGCAGCAGAAGCAAGUGAGCAGAAAUCUUCCAAGCCUGCUCCUGCCCAGGGUUUGAUCCUUUGAUUUGCUUCUUGUAUUGAUAAAUAUACUUCCUCGUACCGACCUUUAUUUUAUCCAGAUCGAAAGUGAAUGUAGGACUGAUUUACUGUUGGACGUGCUUGCAAUUAUUUAUUUUGCUUCUAUAAUACCACUAUAAACUAAUUA